GUAUAUCUGUUUGGCAACUCAUUUGUCCCAUGUUUAAGGGCAUAGGCAUCGGCACAAUAGUGGUCUCAUUUAUACUCAACUGCUAUUACGUUGUCAUCAUAAGUUGGGCCCUCCUAUACCUAUACUACUCAUUUUCGUGGGUCCUUCCCUGGUCUACGUGCGAUAAUGAGUGGAAUACUGCCCAAUGCUGGUCACCCAACAGCAAUACCACAGCCAAUGAACACUCUGUCAAUUCUGUCAUUGAAUUCUGGGAAAGAAAAAUCAUCCAGAUAAGCGAAGGUAUUGAUCACCCGAAUGGUCUUCAAUGGGAGUUAGCGUUAACUCUAUUGAUUGCGUGGAUCUUAUGUUUCUUCUGCAUUUGGCGGGGCAUCAAAUCGACGGGAAAGGCAGCCUAUGUUACCGCUAUAUUCCCAUACUUUGUGAUGACAGCGCUAUUCAUUAGAGGCGUUACACUUCCCGGCGCUGGCGAUGGCAUU